UUUCUUCCAAUUCUCAACUUCACUGGUCUGCUGCUACUUGAGUUUUUCUGCCCAUUGCUCUGAGUUCCUGCAUACGACAUACAAUCUCAUAUUGUUGUGGGUGUUCUUCACAUCAAGAAUAGUAUACUGUUGGUGAGCUCGUUUUUUUUGUUGAUGAUAGUUUGUUUGUUUAAGGGUUGGGUCAUUGGUUUUUCUAAUUUGCUGCUAUAAUUUCUGAGUAUUUGAUCUGAUUCUCGCUCUACUAAAUGGAAAUUCUGUCACCGGAACUGUUUCUGCUUGAUUUCUGAAUACAUUUCAUCUCUAAAGAGGGUGUUUAUGUUUUUUGUUCAUGAAAAUAAUGGAAAUGGUCAUCAACUGUUGGCGGGGGGAGAGGGAAUUGGGUCAUUGGGGACGGAGGAAUUUACUGAUAGGUUUGUUCUGAAAGUCAGUGAGAAUUUGGAGGCUUUGCACUUUGGGUGUAUUGAUGUGGAGUGAGCUGUAUAAAUUUAAUUUAUUUCAUAGAUAUUGGUUAUGGAUUCAUGGUGAUUAUAUGAGCUCGACCCUCUGGGAGAUGUUGAUGAAUGAGUGUGACAUUUUUCUAUUUCUUUCUGGAGGUUUCCUUGAAAGACUAGUUUUCCCUGCUUCCCCCAAGUGACUCGAACCUAUGUUGGGUUGUAGGUCAAGGUGCUUACCAACAAGCUAACUUGCUUGUAUGUGAUGUCAUGCAUUUGGUUGAAUUAUGAUCCAAUCAGGUUUAGUUCUAUUGGGUUACUUAAACAAGAAAACUUUUUUUUGGUUAACAAAUUGGAACGAAAAUAUUAACUGUCCUUCCUUUUUCUUUGUUUGGGUAUGAAUUAGUCAACAUGCCUAUAAAAUGAGGUUUUGCUAACAUUAUUUAGUGCUUAAAAGAAGCAAGGUCUUGCAGGGGCUUUAUGAGGAGAGUGUCAGAGGACAAAACAUUAAGUGUAGGUCUACCCUAUGGAGUGGUAUUCGAGCAGUGGCAUUGAAGAUCUAUCUCUACCAAAACAUGAGGAGAUUUUUGACAGGCGUCCAUCACCUGAUAGUUGGUCUUCAUGCAGUAAAAUGGUUGGAAACUUCAACUGUUCCCCAGAGGAACUCACUGUAUUAGAUGUGGAAGAACUUCUCUUUUGUGGGACCGCAUUCUGUAGUGAGGUUGAGCACCUUAAUGCACCAAGCUUUUCUCAAGGUUCCAGCCAUGCUUCCUGCCAGCAGAAUGCUUAUCCUUGUGAACAUUCAGAUUUUCAACUCAAUGAUUUUGCAGUAAUUGAUGAGGCGGAUGACAUUUUCUUCCAUUCACUAUUCAAAGAUGCCAGUGAAAUAGACGGAGUUGACCAAUCAGCUAAUUUUGCACAGACUUCAAGCAAGGACGAUCUGACGUCAGUUCUUAAUCUUCCAGGACAAAGAAAUCAUAUUCAAGACUGUGCAAAUAAUGUUGAAAGUGUCUGUCCUUUUCUACCACCAACAGAACCGGAAUACGACAUCUGUUUCUCAGAAUACUCCAAUGUAUCUGAAAACAUCAGUAAGGAGGAAAUAUCUGUGGAGGAAUCUGUUUUACUGGAGCUACAGAGAUCAACUUUGCAGUUUGCGAAGAAAACCAGAAUUUGCUUUAGGGAUUCGUUUUACCGCCUUGCUGAGAACUCAAGACAUCAGACUAAAUUUAGUCAGACUGGAAAAGGAGCUCUGAGAAACUGCAGACCAAGUCCAUCCAGGUUAGGAGAAGGGAAAGCUAAAAAGUCGGACACAAAUACCAUUGACAGAACAGUUGCUAC